AUGGCAGCAGGGGGCGCGGCUGACGUGCAGCAGAGUUUCCUGGAAGAUGGCGGCCGUCGAAGCGGCUGCAGAGCCGGUAACGGGGGUGGCGGCCGUUGGCCCAAGAGCGAAGGACGAAGAGGAGGAGGAAGAGGAGUCGCUGUCGCCAUGCGAGGCGGUGCGCUGGGCGCCAGUGGGGGCGGUGGCGGAGACCGGACCCGGAGCGGCUGCGUUCUCGGAAGAGGUGGCGGCCGAGGAGCCCUGCGCGGCCACGGGCUCCGCGCCCGACUCCCCGGACCGGACGCUGCGGCGGCUGCGGGCCGAGCGGCGGCGGCUGGACUCGGCGCUGCUCGCUCUGUCCUCCCAUUUUGCUCAGGUGCAGUUCCGCCUGCGGCAGGUGGUGCGUGGGGCGCCAGCGGAGCAGCAGCGACUCCUCCGCGAGCUCGAGGACUUCGCCUUCCGCGGCUGCCCUCAUGUCCUGGGUUACGGGGGCAGCGAGGACCCCUCCAGUGAUGAUGCCGACGGGCUGCUGGGGGACCGGCCACGGUUGCGGGGCGAGGACCAGAGUGAGCAGGAGAAACGGGAACGUCUGGCAACCCAAAGGGAGAAGCAGAAGGAACUGAUCCUGCAGCUCAAAACCCAACUAGACGACCUGGAAACGUUUGCCUAUCAAGAGGGCAGUUAUGACUCCCUGCCACAGUCCGUGGUCUUGGAAAGACAGCGGGUGAUCAUAGAUGAGUUAAUAAAGAAACUGGACAUGAAUCUGAAUGAGGACCUCAGUUCACUGUCCACUGAGGAGCUUCGGCAGCGUGUGGAUGCAGCUGUGGCUCAAAUCGUCAACCCAGCCCGAGUGAAAGAACAGUUGGUUGAACAGCUGAAAACUCAGAUCCGAGACCUGGAAAUGUUCAUCAGCUUCAUCCAAGAUGAAGUAGGAAGCCCAUUACAGACAGAGAGCGGACACUGUGAGUGCAAGGCCAGUGGGAAGACAGGAAAUGGUUCCACCAGAACUGGCAGCAGCAGACUCCCUCCAGGAAACAGCAAAACGAAGGCAGAAGAUGUGAAGCGAGUUCGGGAGACAGGGCUGCAGCUGAUGCGGCGAGCACUGGCGGUGCUCCAGAUCUUUGCUGUUAGCCAGUUUGGUUGUGCCACGGGCCAGAUCCCACAGACCCUGUGGCCGAGGGGCCAGGCCGACAGGGACUACUCUCCCUUACUGAAGAGGCUGGAGGCAUCCGUAGACAGGGUGAAGCAGCUAGCCCUGAAGCACCAGCCGCACGACCACGUCAUCAGUUCCGCCAGCCUCCAGGACCUCUCUCUGGGAGGCAAGGAUGAGCUGACCAUGGCUGUGCGCAAGGAGCUGACUGUGGCUGUGAGGGACCUGCUGGCCCAUGGACUGUACGCCUCGUCCCCAGGGAUGAGCCUCGUCAUGGCCCCCAUUGCCUGUCUGCUGCCGGCCUUCUCCUCAGCCCCCGAGGCCAUGCACCCCUGGGAGCUCUUUGUAAAGUACUACCACGCCAAGAAUGGCCGUGCUUACGUGGAGUCCCCAGCCCGGAAGCUCUCGCAGUCCUUCGCCCUGCCUGUCAUGGGAGGCACCGUGGUGACGCCCAAGCAGAGCCUGCUGACAGCCAUCCACAUGGUGCUGACGGAGCAUGACCCUUUUAAGCGCAGUGCAGACUCCGAGUUGAAGGCCUUGGUGUGCAUGGCCCUGAAUGAGCAGCGUCUCGUGUCCUGGGUGAACCUCAUCUGCAAGUCAGGGUCGCUCAUCGAGCCCCACUACCAGCCCUGGAGCUACAUGGCACACACCGGCUUUGAGAGUGCCCUCAACCUGCUCAGCCGCCUCAGCAGCCUCAAGUUCAGCCUCCCUGUAGACCUGGCUGUGCGCCAGCUCAAGAACAUCAAAGAUGCCUUUUGAUGAGAAUGCCCUGGCCCCAGACCAGCACCGUGCUCAAGAGGGGUCGAUGGUUACUCUUACUCUUCUAGGACAAGAGCAAGGACUAGGAGGAGGGGCUAAAGACACUGUCCCUGGCCGAGUGAAGUCUGUUUUCCCCAUCACCUUAGCAUCUCUGAACGAUAUGCCGAGACCCUCUUGUUAAAUGUUCAGCCCUGGCAUGUAACCACAGUGUCCACAUGGGCACAUAGAUUUGCGCCUGUGGCAAAGAAGUCAGUCACAGCAUACUCUCGUCAUGCCACGUCUGAUUUUUAGAAAACCCGGUUGCUCUAAGCAUGCUCUUUGUGGUGGUGAGUGAUAGCACAAGGGAGUUGCCGGUCCUAGAAAACAGUCACCCUAAGGCCCCCCUGAGUCAGGCCGGAAGCCUUCACUUGAAGCAGGUUUGAGGCAGCCCUGGGUCAGAAUUGGAAUUCCUUUUGGGAACACCGAUGCCCCUUUCUUCCUGACCCAAGGUCAGGGGAGGUUGUGUAUGUCCCAUAGUUGCGUCUAACACUGAGGCACAACCGUGGUCAGCUCUUCCUUGCCUCCCAGAGAGAGGCCCUGGAGGCUGGCGGAGCUGACUUCGUGGCCAUGUGGCUGGUGCCUCGGGGCUAGAGCAGGAGUGGGAAUCCUGUGAACAGCGUUUCUGAGGGUGUUAGCCACAAGGCGACUUUCACAUGAGCCGCUUGUCACGUAGAGGUAAGAGCUGAAACCUGUCCUGACAAAGUGGCCCCUUUCCUCACGGCCCAGACGAUGGUCUUUGGGUGUUGGAGCUGGUCCUUAAUGAGGACAAUCACCUCUGAUACCAUGUCCUCUGGCAAGUAACCUUUCCCCUGCGCUCCUCCCAGUGAGACAUAGACACAGACGUCUCAGAAGGAAAUGGGUUCCAGGUCUGCACCACUUGUCCAGGAGGCUGGCUGGUGGAGGCGGUCUGGAGGUACCACAGCGAGGGCAGGAACCACAGCGCAUCACUGGCGACAGAUGGGGGCUCAGCAUUUCCCUGCAAGACUGCCCCUCAAUUGGUCCGACUUGGUCUACUUUAGCCCUUCUUAGUUCAUUUUGCUCUUCAGCUUGCAUACUGCCCUGGGACUGACUGAAGAUAAGCAGAGUGUAUCACCUUCUGGAAAAACUAAAUGAGUUCCCAGCACUACCGAUUCAGCGUCACUUCAUGUAUUAAAUUGCCAGCUGCACUUUGUGUCUGCACUAUUAUGUAGUGCAUUUUAACUUAAUUUUUUCAGUAAAAUAUUAUUUAAGAUA